GCAUUUGAAACAUAAAAAUCAGUCUAAAAUUAAAUUUAAAGUUCUCAUAAAUUAAAAUUAAAAAGUACAAGAUAUUAUUUGUAUUUUUUUUUGAAAAAAAAGUUAAUGCUGGAGAGGCGCCAAAAUUUUGGUGUGGCUGGAACCAAAUUUUUAGGCGCCAAUCUUGGCGGUCAUGCCAAAAAUAAAAUUUAAGGUGAAAUGUUCGUUUUAUCCAUACAAUUUGGUAAAUACUGUUAAGGGUGUGUUUGGUUGAGCUUUUCAACCUGCUUUUGCUUUUGCAAAAGCUAAAAGCCAACCAAAGGGCUCAAAAGCCACAGCUACUUUUGCCAAAAGCCAGCUUUUGGUGUAGUACAACUCAAAAGCACCUCUACCCCUGCUUUCACCUGCUUUUGGGGAAAAAAAAUUACCCACCUAUACCAUUAAAAAAAACGGUUCGCUUCUUUUCUCUCCCAUCCUUCUCCCUCCUCCUCACUUCGCCGUCGCUGCCGCUCCUCCUCGCCCGAGGCCGACGCCGCCACCGCCGAGGACUCCGACGACGCCACAGCCGACUCCGUCGUCGCUCCUCCUCACCAUCGAGGCCGACUCCGCCGAUGCCCGAGGCCGAUACCGCCGCCGCCGCCGACUCCGCCGCCGCCCGCGUCUACCUCCCCUCCACCGCCGCCGCCGAGGACUCCUCCGCCGCCGUGCGAUCUGCCUCCCCGCCGCCGCCCGAGGCCUCCGCCGCCGCCGCCGAUGUCUCCGACGACGCCGCGGCCGACUCCGCCGCCCGCGUCUACCUCCCCUCCACCGCCGCCGCCGAGGACUCCUCCGCCGCCGUGCGAUCUGCCUCCCCGCCGCCGCCCGAGGCCUCCGCCGCCGCCGCCGAAGUCUCCGACGACGCCGCGGCCGACUCCGCCGCCGCCCGUGUCUACUCCCCUUCGCCGCCGCCGCCGCCGAGGACUCUGCCGUCGCCGUUGAGGCCGAAUCCGUCGCCGGCUCGCCGCCGAGGCCGACUCCGACACAGCCGAGGUCGACUCCCGCGCGUUCGACUCCGCCACCGCUCGCGUUUGCCUCCCCGCCGCCGCCGGGCCGCCGAGGUCGACUCAGCCGCCACGCGCGUCUGCCUCCCGCGCAUCUGCCUCCUCCUCCGCCGCCGCGCGCGUCUUCCGCCGCCGCCGAGGCCAACGCCGCGCUGCCGACGCCAUGCGCGUCAUUUUUUUCUUUCCUCUUUUUUUCCCUUCUUUUCCGACGGCGACUACCACUGCCGCCGCGACUCCUCCUCCAACGGCUCAUCCGCCGCGGCGGUCUCUCCUCCCUAUUCCCCUACCUCAGCGUCCCCCGGAGGUCGGCGGCCUAUGGGUACGGGGUGCUCGUCGCCUCGUCCCGCACCACGGGCGGGAAGCCACUCACCUACAUCCCGUAGGCGGCGGCAGGCCGGCCUCAGGGCCACCAGAUCUGGCCUCCCGCCGGCCAGAUCCAGCGAGGAGCAUGGGGCAGGGCACUCCCGGAGGCAUGGGCAAGCAGGGUGGCACCCCCGGUGAGCGCAAGUCUGGCGGCGACGGCGACAAGAAGGAGCGCAAGUUCGAGCCCCCCCCCCCCCCCCCCCCGCGGCGCCCUCCGGCGAAAAAGUUACCGGUGGCGGCGGCGUCCACCAUGCAAUGGAGCACCGACCAUGACAGGGCUCUCCGCUCCCGCCACCCCAGUCAGUACACUAGACAAGUCCCUUCACUUCAUCUCCCUCACUCUUAAAUCUCAAUCUCCCCCAACCCCCGCGACGUAAGUGAGGUCAAAACCCUGGUCUCCGGAGCGGAGUUGCUAGAUCUGGGGGGUUUGAUUUUAUUUGUUUUACUCGUGUGAGAGCUCGUGUAGUUGGCGAUUCCUCCGCGUGGGAAGCUUAGAUUAGUGUGUGGUCUAGUCGCGUCUCGCAGAUACGAUCGAACACUACGAUGAAUUCGUGUUUCUGGUGUUCCUUUACGGAUGAAAUUGAUCGAAGUGUUUCUGGCUAUGAACUGCUUCGUGCCAAAAUUCCUGCCUCUGUUUAGCUGUAAUUUGAACUGUGUGUGUAACCCUAGCAGUCUAGCCCCCUAGAACUCAUUCAUUCAUUCAUUCAUGCUGUUACCUUUUCAGUAAGAGCUAAAGCUAAUUCCUAAAUUUGUCCGGGGACCAAGCUAGUCCUGUUUUAUGUAGCAGCUCCUAUUUUCAUAGCUUCCAGCUGAUUCCUGCUAGUAUAAUACUAUAAUUUAUAAUAUGAAUAUGCCAUGGACUGUUUUAUUGUGGCUGGCUGUUUUCGUCUGCACAAGUAUUGUGUCUCACUGCUUGCCUUUCUUUCCUCCGUUGAUUUUAUUGUUCUAUGUUAUAUUGGAAUCUAGUAAGCUAACACAGUGCACCGACUUUUAUAAUAGCAUCUUGUAUAUAGGAUGAGCUCAUAGGUAAAAAUGUGAUGAUACUCUCGAUGCUAUCUGUCGACUUUAUGUUCUGAAAUUGAACUUACCAAUAAAGCUGGCUAAUGUUCUGAAA